AGCACGUCUACGUGUUCACCUCAUUCGUACAUUUCUGCGUUACAGAAUAAUUGGACUGCAAGGGAAAGAAACGGUUGAGAGUGUCGGUGCUUAAGUUUUACGGUUUACUACGAGAACGUAAUUUAUUCGACAGAGUUUCUUGAGUUAAGAACCGGCAGUACGCGGGUAUGAAGGGCAGUUUGAGAUUCACACACAUGAUCUAUGUUUCCCUGCUAGUCUUGAAGUCAUCCUCUUCCAUUGAAUUUGAGGUGAGAGUCCCCAGCACCCCUCAAGUUGCCCUGCACGGUCGGUACGCAGUGCUGGAGUGCAGAUUCACUGUGGAGGGGGACCUGAAUCUGGAUAAAAGCGUGCUGACGUGGCAGAGGGGGAGCGAGGUUGUGCACAGCUUCUACUAUGCGCAGGACCAGCUGGAGAAGCAGAGCCCACGCUACUGGAACAGGACCAGCCUCUACCUGUCUGAGCUGAAACGGGGGAACGCUUCCCUCAAACUGGAAGGGGUGGGACCAGAGGAUGCUGGGGAGUACACCUGCUCUGUGAGCACCUUGCUGGGAAGCCAGAGGAAAACAUUAUCCUUGAUAUUUGCAGCUUUGUACACAGAACCCCUCCUGAGGAUUAAAGUGAACCCCUACAACGUGACCGCUUCCCUGCAGUCUGAAGGCUAUCCGGACUCCACAGUCCAGUGGCUGGAUGGAGAGGGGCAGGACGUGUCCAUCCUGUCCCAGACUGUCUCCCAGAGGAACGCGGAGGGACUGUACACGGUAACCAGCACCCUGUCCACUGUGAGGAGCUCCAACACCACCCUCACCUUCAUCCUGAAGAACAGGGAACUGAACCAGCACAUCACCAGGACCUUCAGCCUCCUUCCAGAAGAUGUUCCUGUGGAUGAUAAUCCUGCUGGAAUGAGAUGGGCUCCUGUCUUGUCUGUUAUUGUCCUAGCUGUGCUGUGUGUCCUGGCACUGACCAUUUACUUUAAGACCUGUAAAAAAACAACAGCAAAGAGCAUUGAACAUCUGGAGAACGGGAAGCUAAUGAGUAGCUGAGAAGAAACUCUGGAUAGGACCAAGAUAUUAUCCACCCAUGGGCUGCUAAUCUGUAAAAUGGGAGAGAGUCUGUGCAGCUGAGAAGAUUCACCUGGACAGUGUCUCUCGAUUGUUUAUUAAGAGACCUUUUCAGCGCUUGUGGGAGAAAACAAAUGGUUUUAAACUCAGACAUACUGUUACAAUAUGUAAUGGUUUUAAUAAACAGGAAUACCUUGUCUAUAAAUAGCAGGAAAAAGAGACGUUUUAUAUCAUGAUAAUACUUCAUUAUUAUAUGGUAUAGCCACAACUGUUUAUACCACAGUUACCUUUUUUAAAUGUAAUUUAUCAAAAACUUUCUGUUGUAUUGUAAAACCACUGCUGAUCAUAUAGUGUUCUUGUUAGUACAAUAUUUUUUAUACUAGAGAAAUGCCUAUUUUUGUACUGGGUGAAGAACUUUUUUGUUUCCUGUUAAACUGUUUAGUGUUGUAUUUAUUUAAAUAAUGAACUCUUAACACAAUUCUUGACCUCUAUAAAUGUAUCUUGUAUUAAAUGACCAAUGGAACAUAUCUGCCAUUCACUUUCAGUGA